CCCGCGGCUCCCAUCGCUCGGCGGCUCCGGCGGGGCCGCACUGCGGGGGGGCGAUGCCGGCGGGCGGGCGGGCGCGGGGGCGGCCCGCGGCUCCCAACCCCUUCGUGCACGACCUGCGGCUGAGCGGCGGGCAGCGCGCCCAGUUCUACCUGCUGGGAGCACUGUUGGCCCCUCUCCGUGUGGCUCUGGCCUUCAUUGUCCUCUUCCUCGUCUGGCCCUUCGCGCUGCUUCAAGUGGUGGGACUGUCUGAGGAGAAGCUGAAGGAGCCACUGAAGGGAUGGAGGAACUCCAUCGCCCAUGGCUCUGUCUACUUCCUGAGCCGCCUGAUGUUCUUCCUCCUGGGCUUCAUGCGGAUCCGGGUGCGGGGUCGACAAGCAUCACGGCUGGAAGCCCCGAUCCUGGUCGCUGCCCCCCACUCCACCUUCUUUGACCCCAUCAUUCUGCUGCCGUGUGACCUCCCAAAAGUGGUAUCCCGUACAGAGAACCUCCAUGUUCCAGUCAUUGGAGCCCUCCUCCGGUUUAACCAGGCCAUCUUAGUGUCACGCCAUGAUCCAGCCUCCCGCAAGAAGGUGGUGGAGGAAGUGAAGAGACGGGCCACAUCAAGGGGGAAAUGGCCACAGGUGCUGUUCUUCCCUGAGGGAACUUGCUCUAACAAGAAAGCCCUGCUGAAAUUCAAACCAGGUGCCUUUAUCGCUGGGGUUCCCAUCCAGCCUGUCCUCAUCCGAUAUCCCAACAGCUUGGACUCAACCACCUGGGCGUGGAGAGGACCUGGAGUACUUAAAGUCAUCUGGUUAACAGCAUCACAGCUCUGCACUACUGUGGAAGUGGAGUUCCUCCCAGUCUAUCACCCCAGUGCUGAAGAGAGUACCAACCCUACCCUCUAUGCCAGUAAUGUCCAAAAAACCAUGGCACAGGCCCUCAGCAUUCCAGCCACUGAAUGUGAAUUUGUAGGGAACUUGCCAGUAUGUGCUGUGGGGCGUUUGCGGGUGGCACUGGAGCCCCAGCUCUGGGAGCUUAGUAAAGCCCUAAGGAAAAUGAGAUGGGUCCCAGGAGGUAACUUGCAGCCCCCUUUGAGCAAUGGGCCAGAAAGACUGGGGCACCAAGAACUUGCCCGCUGGCUGGGGCUGGCCCACCUGGAAGUGGCCAAUGGGCUCCACACCUUCUUCAAGCAGGAUGAAGAGGGCAGAGUGGAUUCUCGGGAGGUGCAGCUGGCCCUGCAGGCCCUGGAGGGGACACACAGCCCCAAGGAGCUCACACAACUGGCCUUUCAGCUGUUCUGUGAGCAGCAGACUGAGCUGGAGGAGCCACGUCUGUGCCAGGAGGCCUUCUGCACCAUCUUACGGCUGGUGCUGGGGACACCACUGGCUGAUGGAGCUGAGCUCUAUGCUACGCUGGGUGGGAUUGGGAUCCACGGCGGGCUGAGCAUUGGUCAGUUCCAGGAUUUCACCCUGAAUCACCCUGACUAUGCUCCCCUCUUCACCACCUAUCUCUGCCCCCCCAUGCCCACCCGUGGGGCCCCCAUACCUCACAGCAAUGGCUCCCUCCUCAACCCUCCCAAGAGCAAAGCAGACUGAGCCACAACCCUAACCCCAAAAAGCCAUGCUACCACGCAGAGACUCCCUCCAGUGCACUCGCUACUUGGGACACAUGCAGCAACUCAGGGCAACAGAAAAUGGGGAGGAAACAGCCAAUUCUUGGGGUUGGGGAACAUUUAAUUUUAUUUUUUUAAUUGUUUUUAAAUUUGCUUUUUUUCUGGGGGAGGUUAUUUUGUUUUUGUUUUGUAAAAUUAAAAGAAUGCUAUUUUAUAUAUAAAA